CUCAUCAUCAUCUUAGCUCAUUCUUCACAUCCUGCAUCGCAUUCAUCACCUCUUCUGUAUUCGAAUCAGCACACAUCUACGUCUUCGACGUCUCUCUCCCUCUCAACUGCACCCCUCCCUCCCCUUCCACCGCUCGACAACCACCUUUCCCUCACUCCAGCACCAUGGCACCGCGACCUUCGGGACCCCAUCUCGCCCAGCGGCUACGCACACUCGCCCUCACCCAACCCCCCGCCUCAGCACUCUUCUAUGCGUACCAGUAUCGCGCCUACUUCCCUCCCACCGAGCUGGAGCACGACAGCGUCCACGUCCUCGCCCUCGUCCAGCUCGCGAGCGGAAACACCUACCCAGCGCUUGACCUCGUGCGGGAGUUUGCUGAUGCGGACGCCGACCCCUCACACGACAUACCAGACUACGAGAACGGUAUUCCUGCUCGCCGCCCAGGCUGCUACGGGUGUGCUGUCAUCGUCGCAAAGUGCUGCGCCAAGCUGGGACGGUACACGGAGGGCGAGGCAGUCCUGGAUCGCGCGAUACGACGCAGCGUGCCUUUGACACUCCCAAGUCACAACACCAUUGAAACGGCCGCCACGGCAUCGCUGCUCGCCGCUCAGCUCUCACAUAAGAGCAAGGCCUCGACGCCAGGCACACCAAUCGAGUACUACACACGGGCGCUCACCGAUGACCCAUGGCUGUGGGAGGCGUUUACGGGCCUCUGUGAUAUUGGCGCUGCGCCUCCUGCGGAUGCCGUGUUCACCGACCCACCAAGUAUGAUGCGCACGUCGUCGUCGCAGCGAGCAUCGCGGCAACCCACAUUAUCGCCGGGGCCCAUGCCGCGUAGCUCUGCCUCUGAAGUUCCAAACUUUCUCAGCCGACGCCAAUUGAGCCCGAUUAUGGGCGCACCUGCAAGCGCCAGCCUGUUCACUCCCGACGCAGGAGCAGGCGCCGUGCCGUCGCGUGUACACAUGAUGGGGAGCAUGGCAGGGUGGGACUCUCCCGGUUCAGCCAUGGGCGACACUACGUUCUCUGCAAUGGGCGAGCCCACGAACGGGCGCGCUCGCAUGCCGACUCUGAUACAGCAGUUCAUCCCUGGCCUGCGCUCGACGCCCGCGAUGGAGCAAGGUCCCGCCAAGGCGCCACCAGCCAUGAAGCGGCCUCGCGGAGGACACAACCUGAAGAUGUCUGACACGCCUGUCGGCGGGAUGGCGAUCGAGUCGCGGCUCAACCGUGAUCUACGGUCCAUGGAGAUCAACGGCGGCGACAAGAUGCUCGAUCCACCAGUGCGCCGCAGCUCGCGCCUAAACACGGGCAAGACGACGACGUCGCGCGUCACGACGCGCGAGAAGCGCUCGACGCGAUCACAGUCCGUGGCGUCGUCGGGGUCGGGGCACGAGGCGAACCAGAACCAGGGAACGCUGGAGGCGCAAACCGCCGCGGCCGUAGACGAGUGGCUGCGCGACAUCGUGCGCCGCUGCGGGCGCGUGUACCGCGCCCUGAGCCUCUACCAGUGCCGGGAGGCGCUAGCGGAGAUUGAUGCGCUCCCGCGCGAGCUGCAAGCGUCGCCGUUCGUGCUGCGGCUCAUGGCGAAGAGCUUCUACUUCAUGUCCGAGUACAAGAAGGGUGCGCGCGUGUUCCAGCGCCUGCUCGAGCUCGAGCCGUACACGCUGGCGCAGAUGGACAUGUACUCGACGCUCCUGUGGCACAUGAACGACGCGACGGCGCUUUCGGACCUCUCGCAGCGCCUGAUGAGCGUGGACCGGGAGAGCGCGGAGGCGUGGAUCGCAUCCGGCAACACGCUGAGCGUGUUGAAGCAGCACGAAGAAGCCGCGCGGCUCUUCCGGCGCGCAACGCAAGUCGACCCCGGCCGCGCGACGGCGUGGACGCUGUGCGGGCACGAAGCGUGGAUGACGGAGGAGACGGACCGGGCGAUCGCGUUCUACCGCACGGCGAUCCGGACAGACGCGCGCGAACAGGCCGCAUGGUAUGGUUUGGGGCACGUGUAUUUCCGCCAAGGGAAGUGGCGGCAUGCAGAACACCACUUCCGGCGCGCGAGCGAGAUCAACCCGUCGAGCGCGCCGCUGCUCUGCGCGCUCGGCGAGGCGCUCGAGCGCGGCGGCGACCUCGUGGGUGCGCUGGCCGAGUUUGACCGCGCCGUCGCGCUCGAGCACGACGUCGACCGGCUUGUGACGCGGUACAAGCGUGCGCGGGUGUUGAUCGCGCUCGGGCGCGUGCAGGAGGGCAUCACGGAGCUCGAGCCUGUCGCGCGCAGCGCGACGGACGAGCCGGACGUGCAUCUGCUCCUGGGCAAGUGUUACCUCAAAAUGCGCCGGAACGCGGACGCCGUCGUGGCAUUCACGACGGCGCGCGAGAUGGACCCCAAGCUCGAGGGCGCGGUGCGCAGCGUGCUGCGCGGCGGCGGCGUGGAGGAGCAGUAGUGCCGAGUCAUGCCGAACGGCAGGUUCUGACGAUGACAUGUGCUCAUAGCCACGGUAUGCACUCUGUAUGAUGGGG